UGGCCAAGGUCCUGCUGCUGCUGCCCCUUCUCCUACUAAGUUGCUCGCCUUUCGCUUCGUUGCUUGCGUGUCCGCUGGCGUUUUCCCUUUCCUUCCAUCUCCUCCGCACCACGCUCCCGUCGUUGUGCUGUGACCACGCGCUUGUCGCUCCUGGGUGUCCUUCGACCAUUGCGACAUUGAGCAUUGCCUCCGUUAGACUUUCGGCUCUCGGCCAGCCCUUCCCUGCAAACCGGGCGACGACAAAAGGCGCAUCCGCAUUUCGUGCGAGCGAGCGAGCGAGCGAGCUAGCCAGCGAUACGCGCUGGGCAGGUAGGUCACUCUGUUGACUCAGCCCCAGCACGCCCCGUACUCCUCUGCCCAACAUGCACAGCUCAGCCUUCCUCUUCGUCUUCAUCAAUUGCGUCCGCUCGCCUCUUUCUUGCACAGCGAGCAGAUCCCUUCGUCAAUUGCGCAGUCUGCUGCCUGGCUUCUUUUUGCCCCCCUUCCUGUCGUCCGCUUCGGUGCCGGAGCCGGCUCUCUCACUCCAGCCCCUUUCUAGCUUGCGCCACAUCGCCCAUCAUCCUCGUGCUGCGCUCUGUGGCUUUGGAUGGCAGCGCAUGGCGAAUGCAAGCAGGCCGACAUUCACUACAAGAAGGCUAACACGUUCUGUAUCGCCUAGAUGAACUACGGUAAAAGUCUGCCUCACCAGUAACAGCCCUUUCUUGCCACCCUUCCUAGAACCUCCUCGCCGUGUGUGAGCGCGUAGUGCUGCCUCGUACAGCCUCACCCGAGCAGGCCAGUCCCUCGUACCUGGACGUGGUGUUGUGUUAUUAUCUCCCGACACAGAGCAACGUCCGCGCACGAGAGCCGCACGCGCACACAAGUUUUCUCUUCAUCUUCUAGAUCAAAGAUGCACAGAAUAAAAAGCGCCGCUCGCAAGGCCGCGUGGAAAGCAGAUACAAAAUGGGAUGAGUACAAUCCCUUCAAUCGCACAGUGUCGCGUACCACCUCCCGAACCCUUUCUGGGGGCCCCGGCUAUGACGUCGAGGCCGCAGCCGGUAACGGAAGGGCGGCAGCGAGCUCGCCAGGCUACAACGUGGACUCCGUGGGGCGGGAUCGCGAGGUGCCGACGGAGCCCUAUAACGACGGAACCAGCACCGAAGAACAGAACGGUACGAACGUCCCCUCGGGCUCGCCGACGUCGUACACCGACGUUGAGAGCCAUUCCGGUGCGGCUGCCGACUAUUAUCACCCCAGUGUCGGCGGCAACUCCAGUCAGUCAGACACGCUAAAUGGCGAAGCAGUCUCGCGAACGGGGUCGCACUCGCACAAAAAGACCCACGGUCGCAGUCUGGACGGCGUGCCCGAGGGCAAGGCGGUCGACGGUCAAGAGAAGCCCUAUCCGCGCAACUCGGACGACAUUGAGGCCGAACGCAAGCGCAGGCGCGACGACGCGUUCAAGAGGAAGAUCCCCAUCUGGCAGCAAGUCCGCACUGUUCUGUUUCCCAGAUGGAUCACCAUCAAUUGGCUGAUCCUAGCUGCCCCGGUCGGUAUCGCGCUGCAUUUCACGAGCGUCGACCCGCUUGCCGUCUUCAUCGUGAACUUCCUGGCCAUCAUCCCCCUUGCGGGCCUGCUCAGUUUUGCGACGGAAGAACUCGCUUUGCGUGUGGGCGAGGUGCUUGGCGGUCUUCUGAACGCUUCCUUCGGCAACGCGGUCGAGUUGAUUGUCGGCAUCAUUGCCUUGGCCAAGAAAGAGAUCAUCAUCGUGCAGACAUCCCUUAUUGGAAGUAUGCUUUCCAAUCUUCUUUUGGUCAUGGGCAUGUGCUUCUUCUUUGGCGGCCUCCAGCGUAUUGAGCAGCACUUCAACAUGACGGUUGCGCAGACAGCAGCCUCGAUUUUGGCGCUUGCUGUAGGCGGAAUCCUGAUUCCGACUGCCUUCACGUGGGGCGGCGGUGCCGCCAACGUGGACGGUAAUCGCGACGAGAAGCUCUCGUAUGGCACCGCUAUCAUCUUGCUCAUCGUGUAUGCUUGCUAUUUGCUCUUCCAGCUGAAGUCGCACAAGGAGGUAUACAACGCGCCCAGCAAGAAGGUCGAGAAGCGUAAGGGUGCCAAAAAGUCCGAGGGCGAAGCCUUAGCCGCAUUCGCGCAGGUCGGUCACAUGGGUGUUGGCGCAACGGCUGGCCAGAAAAUCCAGCAGGGCGCGUAUCACGAGCCUGAGGAGGAUGAAGAAGAGCCUCAACUGACCAUGAUUGGUGCGCUCAUCGCGUUGUGUGCUGCCACCGCUCUUAUCGGCGUGUGCGCCGAGUUUCUGGUCGACAGCAUCAACGAGGUUACCUGCAAGUACCACGUGUCUCAGUACUUUGUCGGUCUGAUCCUGCUCCCGAUCGUCGGAAAUGCCGCAGAGCACGCCACUGCUGUGACGGUGGCCGUCAAGGACAAGAUGGACCUCGCCAUCGGUGUCGCCGUUGGCUCGAGCAUGCAGAUUGCUCUCCUCGUGUUGCCGCUCAUGGUCAUCCUCGGCUGGAUCAUUGGCGCGGACAUGACGCUCGUUUUUGAUGACUUCCAGAUCGUAGUCCUUUUCAUGGCGAUCGUCUUGGUCAACUACCUAAUUGGCGACGGCAAGUCUCACUGGCUUGAAGGUGUUUUGCUCAUGGCUCUUUACAUCAUCAUUGCCGUGGCCAGCUGGUUCUACCCGAAGGAGCAGCCAGGCACCUGUAGCGGCACCUAACCGUAAACUCACUUCCAUCUCCUUUUCCUUUCUAUUACGGCCUCUUUUUUUAACAGCACGUCGGCCAUCACAUGGCCAACCGACUCCCUCGCACGCCGUCAGGAUCUAAUGUUUGUCUCGAGCCCAAGCACGGUCGGCGGCGCGUUCAAGAUUGUUCUCUUUUUAAGAUUCGAAAUUUUGGACACGUUAAAUAUCCCACAUCUGUGUCCCAUUUCUGGACAUCUCUUAUCAAAAUACAUUGCGGUAGUGUGCCCGGCUCGUUUCUACCAUCAGCAUUCAGCCGAGUAUGUGGCGGCGGACGGGCGUUGGUCGCUAGGAAAACUUUCUCUCCAGCCGAGAUUUAACUUACAGCUGACUUGUACUGAAAUCUCCUUUUGAAUAUUACGUCAUAUUUUGCAAAGCGCGAAGGUAGACAUCUGUCUAUCGCAGUAGGAAGUUCCGUCACAAAUAGGGACAAUUGUAAUUUUAGUUGCUCAGGUUUCCCUGGAGAAGGGAGUGCAAGCGGAGAAGAAAAAUGGUUAGACUCCGUUGGAGACCAGCAGGCAUCUCUGAAGAUCACAAAAGGCUUGGUGUCUACAACAGCAAACUAUUUGGUGUAUCAUAGCAAUGCCACAGAGUUGCGACUCUUCA